GCUGUGGCCUCUGUCUCCAUCUUUAGCUCAAAUCCAGCAUUUUCAAAGCCUUCUUUUCACUCAAGGUGCUGGGAGUUUCGGAAGCAUGUCUCUUUCCUUUGGCAUUGUGUUCCUUCUUUGGGAUAGUAGCAGGAAAGGCACCGAGAAUUCUGAGUUUCUGCCCUGCACAUCCCUAGCUCUCAAGCUUUGCAAAGGAAAGGAGACGUGUUACCCCUUUCUCAACCACGGCUCCCUAGCCCUCGCCCUCUCCCCACUGCCCCUACUCUCUCCACAGCCCUGGAGCUCCACUGUGGGCCCCCGGAAGGCGCAGCAUACCCAGGAGAAGCGCCUCUAAAGCAGCCAAAGCCUCGCCUCAGCUGCAUGGUUUUCCGAGUCCUCAGCUCCAGGAGACCGGGCGGGCGGGCGAGCGGACCAGUGCGCAGCGGCUCAGCCCCCGCGCCUCUGGCUCUGAGGAGUCACUCCGAACCCCAGCAGGCAGAGGGGAGGAGGGGAUUUCUCCAAGGGCAGGGCGUGGGGUGAGGAGGCUGGCAGGGAGAAUGGAGGGGAGGUGGAUCCCGGGUAAGACGAAGGCCCUUCCGGGACCUGCGGAUCCCUGACAAACCGCGGGGGAAGCCGCCCUGGUUGUUGGCGGUUUAGGGACGGAAGGCACUAAAGCGCUUCGGAAGUGACCAUGAAUGCGAGCGUGUAAUCAAGUCACCGUGCAAAUCGAGCAAGCCACGAGGCAGGCACAUCCACGGCUGCGAACCCUGGCCCCAAAGGGGGUCCGGCCAGGGUCGGAGGCAGAGGUGAUUCCCAGAGCAAGCCCGUGGAGGGAGGGGACAGCGAAGAAGGAGGUGCGAAAGCGAGCCUCCAGGCGAAAAGAUUCCAAGACCACGCACUGGUCACGCAGCGACUGUCUCCCACCUAGCCACCCCCAGCCUGUGGCAUCCCUCACCCGGGGAGUGGUGGGUGGCAGGAGUUGAGCUCUCUCACCGCCCUCGGCGCACUCGAGGGCCAGGACCGUGCAGCUGAGCACAAGCAAUUGGCAUGGGGUAGCACCCAGUCUAGCCGCGCGCCGGGAGGCCCCCCCAGCCAACAUGAGUUACACCGGCGAUUACGUGCUUUCGGUGAGAACACGGAGUGACGAUCUGUUGCUUCCCCUGAGGUGGCUACAAAGAAAGGAAGCCGGGGAGGGAGGGAAGAAAAAAAAAAAGGAAAGGGGAAAAAAAGGCCCGGACUAGCUCGCAGCUUGUCAAUUUCAACAUCGGGUCACAUGACCAGCACCUCCCUGCUAAGGAUGGGGAUAGAUUUCCACGUCAGCUUACGUCUCCAAAUUUCUACUUCACGGAUCCGCUUCAAAGAGGCAGCUGCAGUGGAGAAUCAUGUUAAGCUCAGCUACUGCGGAGAGCCCAAGGUAGCCCAAUGAUGGAUUUUGAUGAGCGUGGUCCCUGCUCCUCUAACAUGUAUUUGCCAAGUUGUACUUACUACGUCUCGGGUCCAGAUUUCUCCAGCCUCCCUUCUUUUCUGCCCCAGACCCCGUCUUCGCGCCCAAUGACAUACUCCUACUCUUCCAACCUGCCCCAGGUCCAACCCGUGCGCGAAGUGACCUUCAGAGAGUACGCCAUUGAGCCCGCCACUAAAUGGCACCCCCGCGGCAAUCUGGCCCACUGCUACUCCGCGGAGGAGCUCGUGCACAGAGACUGCCUGCAGGCGCCCAGCGCGGCCGGCGUGCCUGGCGACGUGCUGGCCAAGAGUUCGGCCAACGUCUACCACCACCCCACCCCCGCCGUCUCGUCCAAUUUCUAUAGCACCGUGGGCAGAAACGGCGUCCUGCCACAGGCUUUCGACCAGUUUUUCGAGACGAAGCCAGGACGCUGGCUGGAGAGGCAGGAGCUGGUGUCCAGGACUCAGGCUGACAAAGACAUGGCAGCUGCCCCAGAAGUUAACGAGGGCCGAGUCCCGCCGCAGCCGGGAAAGACUGGGGCUGGGGCCGCCUUUACUGCCUCAGGACCCAGCCGCCCAGCCCUUUUCCUCUACUUGGGACCCUGGGAUGGAUUGCAGCCACCACACCUGGCUUAUUCCCUGCCUCCUUCUCCCUCCACAGGUGGCCAACGAACCCGAAAAAAGCGCUGCCCCUACACCAAGUACCAGAUCCGGGAGCUGGAGCGGGAGUUCUUCUUCAGUGUGUACAUCAACAAAGAGAAGCGCCUGCAGCUGUCUCGCAUGCUCAACCUCACCGACCGUCAAGUCAAAAUCUGGUUUCAGAACAGGAGAAUGAAGGAAAAAAUUAAUAGGGACCGUUUACAGUAUUACUCAGCUAACCCACUCCUCUAAGUCUCCAGCCAGCUGGAAUUGGGUGGGGGGUUUCAGACACUUGAGAUUAUAUGCAGAUUUUGUCCUUGACAAGGUCAAGGCACGCAGUGACUUUUGAAGAAAGGAGAUGUGCAAGAGAGGGGAGGCUACACGGAGACAGCCCUGAAGGAGGCAGCUUGGGACUCUCCUGGGGAUCUGUGGUUAAGAUUUCUAACAACAAUUGGAUUCAGAGAGUUGUACAUCAACUAAAAUGAAUGGUUUGGGACCCCUGGUGGUUCACUCUUGGAGAUUGCGGAGCUUCGGGCUGGGUGUGGUCUCCAGCAGGGACUGGGCUCCUUGCCAGGCCCCCUGGAGAGUGACCCCUGCCCAGGACCCUCCACAUGGAGCCUGCCCACCCCCCAGGACCCCUGUGUCAAGAUCUCCAAACCCAAUUCAGCUUGAGGACAGGAGCAGAAGGAAGAGGGGUGGAUUCCUAGAUGUCUGGAUUGGGGCUGCUUUCCUAAACCAAUGUGAAAGAUGACUGACUAAGAGGUGCCUGUGAGGUGGGAGAGGGCUGCUGAUCAUUAAAGGAAAAAAAAAAUCUAUUCCAGGUGCCAUUAGUGGCUCUCCACCCCUCCGGUCACUUACCGCAUUGUCCCAGGCCUGAGCUUCCAGCAAUUGCCUUCUGUGGCCCACCUAGUUUUUCCUACCGAUGAGGGUCUUCGUCCGGGCCUGCCACUCGAGCCUAAAGCCUGGUUGCAGAGCAGCAGACCGUUCCCUGAGGUGGAAGACAUCAAAAACCCUGAGAAGCUGCACCCAGGCUACUGGCCCUGAGAUCUCUGCAGGAAAUGCCUGUGGAGUGCGGCAGCUUGGCAAAGUCUACUCCACACUUAAUUCAAGCUUGGAUUUGCUCAACGGAGCAGCAGGCCUGGCCAGCGGUCCCCAUCUAUGAGGGACCCAAUUCCUCCAAACACUCAGUUCCCACUCCGUACUCUGUUCUUCACCACCCCAGAACUGAGCUUGGAAGCUUCUGGUGACCUUCCAAGAGCUCAGGAGUGAUUUGGAAUUAUUUUAAAAGAUAAAUAUUAUAUUAUAUAUAUAUAUUUCCCUGCAGGAACCAAAGUGAAUUUUAAAAAAUGCAAUGUGGGGGGGGGGGAGAAAGAUGAUGAAGAAAAUAUUUAAAGGCUCUAUCUGUUUACAGUGUUCCACGGUUAAACUCACUCACUGCUAGGAAUAAUUGAAUGUACACUUCAUACAGGGAUGGUAUUCAAAAGACUUGUAAAUAAAGGAACUAUAACCUAUUUUAUUUUAAUGCUUUUUUUUUGCCAUUAGCUGAUUUCCUUUGGGGUGUUGGAGGGGGGCAGAAAAGGCAUUGGGAAUGGUCUUUUUAAUUUCUUGCAAUACUUGAAAAGCAUUAGGGAGAUGGUCUGAGAUAGUUUGGCCCACCAGGGUCUAGGGAUCUCAGCUGAGAAAGCCAGGCACCCUCCCAUUAAAUCUCCUCUGCCUCCCUGUGUUAA